AGGGCAGGUUGUGGGGGGCGUGUGUUCCUCUUGCACAAGCGCUCCCAUGUUGCGUAGUCUGGAAACCUGACGUGGUGAGCAGCCGAGCGGUGAGUGUCAGAGUUGCGGCAGGGCAGCUCAGAAAGUGCCUGUGGCCGAGCUCCCCCUUGCUCGCGCACUCCUCUCCGGACCGACGGGGUCGCACGAGCCUGGCGACACGCUCCGACACCGUUCGGCUGGCCGCGGGUGACCCGAGGAUCCCACUUUGACGAACAGACUCGGGCUCCGCUGGCAGGAAAGGUGCAACUGAACUACAUUCAUUGACUUGAGAGCGAUGCACUGGCAGCAUGGCCAAGUGGUUCAAGGAGCACCUAGGAUUCAAAACUACCAAAGCACCCCCUCCGGCGCCCCCGAAACCGGACUACAGACACUGUCACACCGGUGUGCCCGGGGCGCCUGGCUACCAACAAACAAGCUCCGGGGCCACCUUCCCCAGUCCCGCUCAGCCGGACAUCCUCGCUGCUUACAAACUCCAAAAAGAGCUGGACUUCGAGGAUCCAUACACUCCCGGUGGAAAUGUCCCAUUUGCCUCGAGCUUGAACAAUGUGGUGUCGCCGGAUAUCAAGUAUGUGUCACCAAAACACCGACUUAUCAAGGUGGAAACAAUCGAAAAGGGCAGCCCAGCUCCAGGCGGCGGUGUCACAGUCACCCAAGCUGUUGCUGUGGGGAGCGUUAAAUCUCCCACUUCACCUCCCUCGGACCACGACAACAAGGAGAAGCUCAUUAUCCUUGAAGACUAUGCGGACCCUUUCGAUGCUGAGCAGGCUGGUGGCACUCAGACCUGUGUGGAAAAAGUGACAACUGAGAAUGAUGGCUACAUGGAGCCAUAUGAGGCCCAGAAGAUGAUGGCAGAAAUACGAUCUGGUGGACGAGGAACAAAGGAAGGAUCAGGGAGGCAGCUGCCCCUUUACGACACGCCGUAUGAGCCAGCUGAGAAUGGUGGAGACCCGGACCCCGAGCGCUUGCUCUGCCCCAGAGAAAGCCGACUGCCCCAGGAUGACGAGCGACCGCCUGAGGAGUAUGACCAGCCCUGGGAGUGGAAGAAAGAGAGGAUUUCCAAAGCCUUUGCAGCUCUGCUUUGUUAUGACUGCAUUAGCUACGAGGGUUCUGUAAGUGGCACUGGAUCAGGUCCCCACAGAAGAAAGGACUGCACCUCUAAAUCCCUCACAGUAGAGAUUAAAGUGAUCAAGGACCUACCGUGGCCCCCUCCUGUUGGGCAGCUCAACACCAGCCCUCCCCUGGUGGAGGAGCUGGAGUCUCCCUCUCAGACAGCUCAGCCCUCGCCAGGACAGACGAGCUGUGACCAGCACCACCAUGUCCAGUUUGAUGGUGUGGAGAAGUCUCGGAUGUCGCCUACUAAGGAGGGGAAAACCCGCCCGCUGCAGCGACACUCCAGUGGCUGUCUGGUCAACACCAAAAUGACCUCACUGGACCACUGCAGCUCUCUCGGGGAGCGUAUUGACCCCACCAUGCCCCUGGAGAGCCAGUUCUGGUACCAUGGAGCGAUCAGCCGAACAGAUGCAGAGUCUCUGCUCAGGCUGUGUAAGGAGGCCAGCUACCUGGUGAGAAACAGCGAGACCAGCAAGAAUGACUACUCCCUCUCCCUUAAGAGCAGCCAGGGCUUCAUGCACAUGAAGCUGUCGCGCACCAAGGAGAACAAGUACAUCCUGGGCCAGAACAGCUGCCCUUUUGACAGCGUGCCUGAGAUCAUCCAUUUCUACUCCAGCCGCAAGCUGCCCAUCAAGGGUGCGGAACACAUGUCCCUGCUCUACCCUGUAGCCAUCAGGACACUAUAGUGCACUGAGUUCCCUGCAGGCGUUGGCCCCCGCAGUACUCACUGGGCCACCCUGUGGCUCCACACUUCCUGUCCAUCUGGGCAGAGCCCAGUAAGCUCAUGGGAAGAUGAACAGUGGCGUCCCAAAACUGCUGAUCCUGACUCACCUCACUGGCCAACAGAUUCCAGACCUGUUUUGAAGGCCUACUGCAUACUAGCUUACACAUACAGACUCAAUGUUGCAGAAGUCUUGACUAUUUUAUUUUAUUUUAUUUAUGACACCCACUUCAUUGCUUCAUAGACUGACCGUCUGAUGAACACCAUUUCAUUAAUUGUUGAGCUGAUUUCCCUUAGCACUUAACACGCAAAAAAAAGAAAGGUACAACAUUGUAACAUUUGUCACUGGGACGUACCUUUUAUCGUAAAAUGUUGUACCUUUUUAGUAAGUCUGUUUGACUUUGCUCAUUUGGUUAGGCUCUGUUGAGAACUGUAAUCGUUUGUGAGGGGACUUGAAGAUUGUAAAAGCCGUGUAAGGGAAGCAACAUUUAUGAGGCAUGUUGCGGGAUAUUGUCCACAUGGGCCCCAUACAGUGGCCAGGAUAUUGAAUAAACUGGCCUUGGAUGAAUGGUGUGUCCCCAGCUGCGUGGAAAUAACAGGCAUGUGAACAGUGCAGACUGAUCUCUCUAUCUUGUCAUAGUGCUUGCUGUCUGUUAUCCAUCACUGAGUGGGUGUCUCACGUCAAUGACAGUGUAAGUACCGUAGUGGUGAGACAGGCAGGAGAGCAUGAUGGAUGGGUCAACCCAUCCGACACAGUACAAUUGGCAGAGGCUGGAGACCAGAGCCUGUCCAAUUGGACCAAAUUAGCCCCACUACCCCUGCUUAGAAUGGCUUUGCAUCAGGGAGAAUGAAAUAUGCCUGCAUUGUCUACCUCAGAAAAUCAAUUUCAUUCACCCAUCUGCAGAUCAAUAGGUACAAUGGGAUUGCAGACAUUGAUCUGCCCUCCCUUCGACAUUCCCAAUUCCCUUAAAAUUGCAUCACCAGUCGUAGGAAGAUGUUUUGUUUUUUUUACAGUUUUAUCCAAGAUUUUUUUUAUGAAAACCCGCAGAUUUUCCAGAUCAGCAAUUGUAUGUAUAGUCACUAAUAUGAUACUGUGUGAUGUCAGUAACAAAUGUUUGGUUAAUGCCUUAUAAUGCAUGGGUCAAAUCAGUCCACUAGAUCCGCUGAUUUCCAAUUCUGCUUUUAACGAUUGUUCUGUGACUGUAAUUUAUUCUGGGGUAAUUAUUCCUGAUGUGUUACUCCUUUGUGCUGGCUGUCGGCCCCCUCUCCCUCAUUGUUCUGUGCCGAUGUGAUCGUGUUUUUUGGGACUACUCCAGCCUCUUUUACUGUGGUGCUUUGCAUUUUUGUUGUUUCAAGUUCCGCUAAAUGCACGUUCGCCUCGGUGGCCUGACUCUGCGUCUGUCAAGAAAGACGAUCGCAUACACCCCCUGGACCAAUCACAGCGCAGCCUGUUUGAACCAUGUAAACAUCUACCUUCAACCAGCCUGAUGUGCAUACAUGUGUGAAUGUGAGUGAGUAUGUGUCCAGCACGUUGGUGUGUACAGUAUAUGUAUGCAUAUGAGAAUGUGUGCACAGACUUUCUGACUUCUAGUGUGUGUUUUACCCUGCUGUGGUACAAACUGUUGACAGCCUUUGCUUGAAACUUUAAACCUCUUUGGUUGUCAACGCUUUAUUUCCCCUCUCCCCUAAGUCAAGAAACUAGAAUUCAGCUUCACUGCUCACUAAUUUUCAGUUUUCUUGUAUUCACUCAUAAACCACAUUUGAUUUUAGCAGCUCAUCGGAAUGACAGAUCUGUCUUGUGGCCUGCUCUCUGCAGUUUAUUGUAUAAGACCCAGUAAUAUUUCAGCCCACAGCAUAUAUAUUGCUGACCAAUUACAGCACAAAGAAGCUGAUUUUUCAACAGUAUCCACACCAUGAACUAAUGAGAGGGCCCAAAGCUUAUGCGCAAACUGCCUCUUCAGAUGAAACCUUUGUUAUCAGUUGCAAAAUGAUGUGGUUUAAUGAGCAAAUCCAAGUAAAAAUGGAAAUUUUGCAGGGCUUUGGUCCAAGCUGAAAAUGACUGACACUAGGAAUUAGAAACUGAUUUUAGCGAGCAUGACCACUAUAUAUGCAAAGUCAAAUACAUUUUGGCUUUGACUAUAUCUCUGCUGUGUGCUAUGCAACUAUGAACUGCAGUCAUUGAAGGGAAAAUGAUUGGAGUGUGUUCCUCCACCAAGUGUUUAUGACAAAUGUGGUGGUACAAAAUGCCCACCAGGAAGAGAUGUAAUCAGCAGAAUGACAUCAUUAGUAAAGAGUAGUUUGCAGAAAGUGGGAUGUAUACAGAAAUUUAUUUUGUUGGUGCAGUAAGUGAGAAGACAGAUGUUGCCGUCAUCAGAUAAGUAUGUCAUAUGAGGGGGUCUGUUCAUGUGAUAAGGCGUCCUCUGCAGCUUUAUUAAGGAAUAGUAUGUUGUCGAAGUGGACCUAUGUAUUUCCUUGAGAGAAGAUAUCCUAAGAAGAAAUGCAAAUGAAAUAAACUUUGUGUUACGUAUCCUUUAUGUUCCGAAUGUUCCCUUAUUAAGAGAUCAAACCUUGACAGUAGAGGCUCUUUAUUUAGUUACCGCUGCUGAUGAGUAUUACUCUACUAUAGGAAAGAGCCUGUGUGUGAUGGCCGCACUGCCUAGAGAGAGGCCUUAGCUUUGGAGAAAGGGAAAAUGAGAAGAAGGGGGAGACAGAGGGGAUGGUCUUCUGAAGGGAGGGGGGCGGGGGUUGCUGCAAUAAGCAGGCACACUCUCCACAUUCGUAUAUUUCUCUUAUGAGGACCUGACAGAGCCCUUCUCCUCCCUCUGAAGUGUCUUAAAGUGCAUGUACACACAAUUGUGCAUACAUGAAACAGUGUGUGUGUGUGUGUGUGUGUGUGUGUGUGUGUGUGUGUGUGUAUAUAAGUGUGUGUACUGGUGUAAGGAACCAUCAGCCAUUGACUUUCCCCCGCGUGUAUCUUGUGUAUCACUUUACUGUGGUAAAGUGGCAUGUAUGAGUUUCCUUUUGUGUACAUUUUCGUCCCAUGUAUGUAUGCACUACUAUAACAUAUCUCUGUACAGUCCCUCAUGGCCAAAUGUAUAUACUGAAUGUAUUGUAUGGGGACAUCAAGGUUCAAAAUAAAUAAAAUUGGGUUUAUGAAUUAA